AUGGCAGAUGUGCUGGCUAUUUCUGGGGUGCCGAAGCCAUGGAUGGACCAUCCGAAGGAGUACAAUCAUGUGUCGCUUGAACAUAUAUCCGCCUACUCGUCAAGUUUCCUUGGGAGUUCGGAUGAUCUUGAUAAACAGCUUUCCUCUUCCCGCACAGAUUGGUACUCAGCCUUCUACCCCUCCACAAAAGAUUCUCCCUUGGACUUUCAUUUGCUUCACUACCCUUACCCAACCAUUCAAUCCCAACAACGUCCUCGAAAGCCUGUUGAAGCUAUGCUAAACCAGCAUCGUUUGGCAGGACAUUCCAUGCCUCCUAUCGAGGACAGGCGCUACAUGCCCCUCCGAGUGGAAGAACCACGCAGCGCCGCGUAUUCGCAAAACGUGUCUCCAUUCACGAAGCGGCUGGACCUGAGCAGCACUCUUUCAAGCAACGGAAGCACUUAUUGUGAAUCCGAUCUUGAUUCGCUGGACCACUUUGACGAGCCUUUCACAACUCAGCACAUGGAAUCACACGCAGGGCUAGUUCAUCCAACACCACGGAGCAACAUGUUCACGGUGGCUAGCAAUUCAUUCCUCCUGGGCACUGAACAAACGCCUGGUCUCUCACCCUUUGGGGUCUCAGAUUCCCCACAGAACGAGCAGGCCAUUUCCAACGCUCAGUUCAAUCUCCCAAACCCAAACAGCGCCAACUAUCCCAUGAGCUUACCCCUCAAUACUCACUCACACAACGCGCAUCUCGUGUCAUCAUCCAUCACACCUCCAGAUGCAAGACCUGUAGAUUAUGGCGAGGCCAUGCCAUGGUCUUUCUAUCAACCAGCCAACCCAACCGAUAUCUGGUAUCCUACUCGCGACCCCAGCGGUUCAUCCGAGGACGACGACUGGCAAACCCACAACGGCUACAGUGCACCUUGGCCUGUCUCAAAUGCAUACAUAAGCUCAAACGAAUGUAACGAGCUAGCGGCCCACAUUUAUGGACCGAGCAAUGGACUACCCAUGCCCUCUUUUGGACCAUCGCCUAUGACUUUGGGCUCAUCCAUGCCAACCGGGCCCAUGAGACACGUAUCCCAUUUACCAGUUUGUGGACCCUACGUACCCUCCAUCGAGGCUCCUCGGUAUCAGCCCCAACCACACCCAAUGUACCUCCCAAGCACACAGCCCGUUGCCACGGACACAGAAUUUGGAUCCCCGGACCAGAAGCCAGCGAACAGCCUCAGUCCAUCCUUCUCUGCCUCGACCAAUGAAGAGGAAAGAUCCCCGCAGCAGAGUGGAGAGGAACAAGGCAGCAUUGAAGCCGGUGUGCACUACAGCGACGAGCGGAACACAUUCCUCAUCGACUGCAAGCGCCGCGGGCUAUCCUACAAGGACAUCAAGCGAGUUGGUGGGUUCAAGGAGGCGGAGUCUACACUGCGAGGUCGGUAUCGCACUCUCACCAAGUCUAAAGACCAGCGAGUGCGAAAGCCAAAAUGGCAGGACAAGGAUCUCCGGCUCCUUUGCCAAGCUGUCACCAUCCACGCUGAAUCACACGACACCUACAGCUCGCUGGUCAACGCUAGCAUCAACAUGAAUGAGCCACCGAAGGUAUCUUGGAAGAAGGUUGCCGAGCACAUUUGGGCGAAUGGCGGAUCUUACCAUUUUGGUAAUGCCACCUGCAAGAAGAAGUGGUGCGAGAUUAACAACAUCACUCUUUGA